CAACCCCUUAUUUCCUUCCUCAAUUCGUCAGCCCCAACACUACCUCCUCCACCCAAUCCACCACCACAACCGCCUCCUCCCCAUAACUAGUUCUUUAUUUUCAGGAAAAUUUCUAAAACGUUAGAGUAAAAUUGAAAUUCUUCAAACAAUCUUAGAAACGUUUUGACAGCACCAUCAUAUAUUCUUUUUAUUAGACUUGAAAAUGGGUAUCGUGGAAGCUCCAACAUCAUCAUAUUCAUCACCUGCACAGCACUCGCCAUGGCAUUCGCCGGUGCCAUACCUUUUUGGAGGAUUUGCUGCCAUGUUAGGACUCAUUGGUUUUGCUCUGUUGAUCCUGGCGUGCUCAUAUUGGAAGCUUUCCGGUUAUCUCGAGAAUCAGGGCGAAACCGAGAGGGAUCUCGAAGCCGGGGAGGUUAAUGGCAGCGUGAAGGCGGUUCCGCCAGUUUUUGAAGAGAAAUAUCUGGUGAUCUUGGCUGGCCAAGAAAAGCCAACUUGCUUGGCCACUCCUAUGUCCAGCAGAGCAUCAUCUUUUUCCAGUAAAAGUACAAGUAGUAAAUCAACAGAGACAUCAGUGGAAGACAACGAAGAGAAGAAGAAGGAAAAAAAUGAUGGAAAUGUAGAAAUGGGGAACAUAGAGGACCAUGAGGCCGCAGAUCAGGUCCAUUGAAAUCUCUUUUGUAGAACCCUAUGCUAUCUAGAUUGCACCACCGAAAGCUAUAAAGAAGUCGAGCACUCAUCUUUUGAAUGACGAAACUAGAUUAAUGGACUAGGUUUUGGUAUUCCUUCUCGAAUUCUUGUUCUCCCAUUAAUGGAAAUGUCCAAUUAGAAAAAAAUUACUAGGAUUUUGUAUCUACUUUUGAAUGUCGAAACACUUUAAACUUUUAGAUAAAAUAAUUUAAUUGGUAUCAA